AACCUUGAAGAAGAGUUUCCAUUAUAACGCUCAAGGUAUUGGCCCGCGUUUCUACAUUUCCCUGUUUUUGAACGACUAUCGGUCUAUUUUUUCGCUUAUCUGUGCAACGGUGACCACUCGCGGAUGCCAUUACGGAUCUGCGAGAGCCAGUGAGUGGAAUAACAAGCAGGAAAGUCGCCGAGAAGGUUGAAAUCCCGGCGGGAGAGCAGGCGCAUAGCAACACAAACCCGAAGGAGUUGAAGAAGGAGUUGAGGAAGAGAAAUACAUCAAUUUCCUUUGGUUCCUCUGUACUCCGGAAGUCACUGUUCUCGUUCUGUGUUCUCUCGUCUCUCUGCUGUUCUUGAUCGCUCCAACCGAGGUAUUAUGAGCAACGUGCAACGGGAGUACUUCGUUGCAGAUGAAGUGUACAAGUCUUUGAGCCAAGCGAGAGCGAGAGGUUCGUGUGUGAAGUUAAGUUGCAAUAAAAUAAACAAGAUAAGUAGCAUAUUGAGUAAAAUAGAUAAGUUAAGUAACAUAAGUUAAAUUUCAUCAUCAUCGGCGGCCUUGCCAGAUCAUCCUCGAGACUUUCACUCGUAUAACAAAACUGUUAAUUCAAGAGAUAAAGAAAAAAGGGAGAAAAAAACAGACAAUCAAGAAUACUCGGAAGAAAUUGGUGAAAAUCGGGAAAAGCAUAAUAAAGAAAAUCCAACAAGAAUAAACAAAGAAAUUGGAAGAUAUCCCCACUUCCAUCGAAAACUCAUCGCGAAUUCGAUAUUUUCUCAACUACUCAAGUCGCCAUACAGCAAAAGCGAAGGUUAUUUUCUUCGUCUCUUGAUCCCCUAAAUAACGAAGACAUCAUGAAGCUGCUUCCAGAAUCUUCGGGUUUUGAGGCCAUAAACAGCGCCUUGAGUUUUGACACCGUUGACGGCUGCAUCAUGGGCAGGUUGGAGAGUUACUCGUGCAAGAUGGUGGGGCAGGAGAAAGCACUGUACAAGCGCUUCCACAGCUUUUCUGGAGUGAAUGAUAUGCAGGCGCUGUCCCCACCUCAGUCAAUGCUUGGAGUGUCGCCAAACGGUGCAUCACCUCACUCUCUCAAUAGGAGUUCUCAGAGCAGUGGUGGCGAGGACAGUCCCCUAGAGGACAAGAUCAACCGCAAGACCCUUUUCUACCUAAUCUCGACUCUCAACGCAGCUUUCUACCCGGACUACGAUUUCAGUAAUGCUUCCUCACAGGAGUUUUCCCGAGAGCCUUCUCUGGAGUGGGUGAUGCGUGCUGUUGAGCGCCAGAUGAUGGCUGUUGCACGCAUGGAAUUCACUCCUGUUGCUUCAUCCCUGUGGGCAGCCCUGGAUGAUGCUAUCUGCCUUAAAGACUGUGAAAUCUACAGUUAUAAUCCAGACCUGACCUCUGACCCCUAUUCUGAGGAUGGCUGCCUUUGGUCUUUCAACUACUUCUUUUACAACUCUCGUCUCAAACGCAUUGUGUUCUUCACAUGCCGAUCUGUCUCACAGUACUGUGGAUCCCCGCAUGACUCUGGCCUCAUCGGGGACUCCAGCAUGGAUUUUGAAGAUGACUACUGAAGAGGCUUAUGGUGCAAGAAUAGUCACUGUGCUCUUCAGCUUUUUUUGAUUUAGGUUUGAAAUUCACAGGACAUUCAAAGAAAGUGUGGCUUUACAUGGAAUUUAAAUUUUGUCUUUACUUUUCUGUUUUUAUUUCAUAUUUAUUUGUUUAUUUUUAUUCUAUAGUUUUUUUUUUUUUAUAAUGACAGAUACAAAGACUCAAGUCCAGAAUGCCAUUAAACUGAUGUUCUAAGCUAUUUAAAGGAGAUUUAACCCUCUAUAUAAUAAUCUUACUGUAAGAGUAAGAAUGGUAAGAUACAUUUAUUUAGAAUAUUUUUUAAUUGCUACAUAUACAUUAAUGCAAUAUACAUUAUUUACAUGCUUAUAACAUGAAAACAGGUAAAUGCCUUAUUAACUCUGAAGGUAAAUAUGAUCAUUGAUAGUGAUUAAAAAUAAAAACAGGACACGCAGUUUCUUUCAGAUCCAUUACUAAGGUAAUGAGAAGUUUGGCAUAAGUAAUGUCAUUAACUUUUCUGUUCUAGUAGAACUAAUAUUAUUAUUCUGUUUUGCUGAAUGAAUUGCUUCUUGUGGUAGAGUAUGUACAGAAAUGUCUAUUUUAUUUCAUUUGGCAUAUAGAUAUAUAACGGCUUAUUUUUUGCCCUUUGAAAUACUUGCUGGACUGUUCCUUACAAAGGAAUUAUGUCAAGUUGUUAGAUGAGGAUGUCUAGGUGUGGUACUGUUUGUUAGUACUAUUACUGUCAUGUUUGGUUUAAGUGUAGACAUACAGUGGUGAAGGUUCAGUUAACAUUUCUGUGUGGCCUAAUUUUUGUAGAUGCUAAAAUAAUAAAUGCGAUAUGUAUUUAGUUGUAGGUAACACAAAGGGAAGCGUUUGGUAUCAAGUAUUCUUUUAUAUGCAAAUCCUAUGUUUGUUAUAUGUUUUAUUUUGAAAUACAUUAUAUUGAAGUGCUUUUAAUAUCAUAAAGGGAAGUUUUUGAGUUUCCUUAGUAGUGAAUUAUGUUUGUAGAAGUGUGUAGUAUUGUAAUGGACACAUCGUAGUUUUAAACUACUUCAGGCAUAUAUGCUGAAUAUUUUUUUCUUUAUGCACCUGGUGUAUGAAGAGGCUAACAUGUUACAUUAUAUUUAUGCAUAAAGGUAUUAAUAGAAGGGAAAACUUUAGGGUUGAUAGUAGCUUGUAAUUUAUUAUUAUUAUUAUUAUUAUUAUUAUUAUUAUUAUUAUUAUUAUUAUUAGCUUUGAGGGUAGUCCAAAAAAAAAAGUAAAAAAAAUUUUUAAACCAUCAUAUCUAAUAUAGAUUGUGAGAGAGACCCUCUACAUUAUUUGCCAUAGUAUUAGAAGUGCAAAAGAUGCCAUGUAUUCUAUAGUAGUAUAAUACACCUGUAUUUCUAUGAGUGGAGCCUGUUGUUAAAUGUACCUUUUUUUUCUUUAAUGUUGUUUGA